CUUGCGACAAGAAAAAAAUGAUACUGAGAGUUUCUACCAGAGUACUCCGAUCCAAAUUACUUGAUUUUUAGUUUCAUUAGUAUUUUUAUCUCCAUUAAAUAUUUUAACAGUUAAAUAACUCCGUGAAAAAAAUCUGGUGGUGGUAGUCUAGAAAGACUUAUCAGGGGCCACAAUGGCCACCUGGGACGGCUCCUACCCAGGCGAUGCUCAGGAUGACGGUAAAUCGUACCAAUAUUCAAACUCACAAAACCGUGUGACAGAUGAUCCUUCGGAUCGUUCUUGGAACCAGGACAACAAUCAAUCAGCUCCAGCUGCUAAUUACGUCGAUAAUAACCAACCAAGUGUUACUUAUCCCUCGUCAUCUUCAGGAGAAUUAAGUAACCAGACUUUUGCUGCGAGUUCAAAUAUUUACUUUAUAAAUAAUCUAAAGUUCCAUCAAUCAUCAAGUACCGAUUCUAAUUUCCUGCUUACAAAAUCCAACUUACACCCAGGAGCAAGUGAGUUUAUUCCGUCUGGUGUUAACAAUCAACCGAGCGAGUCAUCGAAGGUAUUUUUUUCCGACAACAGAAGUAAAAACUACGGCCGUAAGUACGACAAAAAAAAUAAUACUAAUUACCGUCAAGACGGAGAUUAUUAUCAGAGAAAUUCUUUUAAAGCUUAUGACAAAUCUAGGAAGAAUAACUUUACUAAUAGUAAUACAAAUAAUAGCAACAAUAAUCCAUCUUAUAAUUAUAGUAAUGAUUACCAGCCAUAUAAAGAUUAUUCUGACGUCAGCUUUGAUAAUAAGUUAAGUAAUAGCAAGGACAAGUACAAUAAUAACAACAGAAGACCAAGAAGCAACGGAAGAUAUAAUAACGACCGAUAUUCUUCAGCAAAUCGUCAGUCUAAUUUAAAUUCAAAUGAUUAUCAAAGUACUAGUAAUAAUUUAGAAAACAGGCCUAGAAAUUUAAAUCAAAGUAGUUAUAAUUAUAAUGAUAAUAGCAAAGAUUCUGGAGAUAUCUCUCAGAGUGACAGACAGAGUGACAGACAUCCAAAAGGAAAGCAACCUUUGAGCAGAGAUCCUCGUGAUGAAAGAUACCGCGGAUUCACUGGUGAUAGCUCGGAUGAUAGACAGAUGUUGAAAAAAGACAACCGACGGGGUAAAAAUAAUAAAGAUUUUUAUGAUGAUCCACGAGAUGAAAGAUACAGACACUCUAGCAGACGCAAGGGAGAUUAUUCUAAUUAUUAUGAGGAAAAAGUUUACAGAGAUAAGAAUCAUCGUGAUAAUAAAUCGGAAAGCAAGCAGUUUAAGGAAGAAACUGUUGGAAAGUUUGUUAGUAAGGAAGAGUUUGUUCAAGAAGAUAAAUUAAAUAAUUGGAGGUCGAAGAAUAGUCCAAUUAAGAAGAAUAGUGGUAGCAAAAAAAGAGUGGAGGUAGAUGACGCUGCGACGCAGAAGGAAUGUCUUACCGAGCAGCUAAACAGAGGACAUCUUGAGUGUCUUGUCUGCUGUGAAAACAUCAGACAAAAUGACGCAGUCUGGUCUUGCAGUAACUGUUACCACGUUUUGCACUUGAAGUGCCUGAAGAAAUGGGCAGAGUCAUCCCAGAGCGAGAGUGGUUGGCGCUGUCCUGCCUGUCAGAAUAUAAACUUGGUAAUUCCUGAAGACUAUUACUGCUUUUGUGGCAAGACUAGAAGUCCUGAGUGGAACAGGCAAGACGUUGCUCACUCCUGCGGCGAAGUUUGCGGGCGUACUCGAGCUAAAAACAACUGUGUACAUAAAUGUACGCUACUUUGUCAUCCAGGGUCGUGUCCUUUGUGCCUGGUGAUGGUGAACCGCUCCUGCGGUUGUGGUAAGACAUCACAGAGUUGUAAAUGUAGCACAGACACUCAACUAUCUUGCUCAGCCACGUGCGAUAAGUUGUUGAAUUGCGGGAAGCACAAGUGCGAGAAAACUUGCCAUCAUGGUAAUUGCGAGCCUUGUGAUAAGAAAAUAGAGCAGAAUUGUCACUGUGGGAAGAAAAAUCAAUUUGUUGAAUGUUUAAAAGACACAGAGCCUUUUUAUUCUUGCGGAGAAGCUUGCAAUAAUUUGCUGGAUUGCGGUAAUCAUAAUUGCAGGGAUAUUUGUCAUCCUGGACCAUGUGGCUCUUGCUCGCUUAAUACUGAACUAGUUACUCACUGCUGUUGCGGACAAACUCCGCUGGCAAUAACACGCGCAAGUUGUCUGGAUCCAAUUCCGACUUGUGAUAAAAUUUGCUCUAAAAAAUUAAAAUGCGGACAGCCAAGCUCGCCUCAUUCUUGCAAAGCUUCUUGUCAUGUUGGAGAUUGUCCUCCGUGUGAUUUAACAACUUGGGUUAAAUGUCGGUGUGGUAAUAUGGACCGGGAGAUUCCUUGCUGCGAUUUAACGACAAAAGCUGAUGAUGCAAGGUGUGAAAAAAAAUGCGUUAAAAAACGCUCCUGUGGGAAGCAUAAAUGCAAUCAACUUUGUUGCAUUGAUAUUGAGCACAUUUGUCCAUUGCCGUGUUCAAAAACUCUGAGCUGUGGUAAGCACAAGUGCGAGUUGACUUGUCACAAAAGUAGGUGUCAUCCUUGCUACAUUAGUAGCUUUGAUGAAUUGUACUGCGAGUGCGGAGCUGCUGUUAUUUAUCCACCUGUGCCUUGUGGUACUAGAAAACCCACGUGUUCUCAGCCGUGCUCACGCCAGCACUCUUGCGGUCAUCAGGUACUUCACAAUUGUCACAGCGAAGCUUCUUGUCCUCCUUGCACGGUGCUGACUCAAAAGUGGUGUUACGGAAAGCAUGAAUUAAGGAAAGCUGUACCUUGUUACUACAAUGAGAUAUCUUGUGGAAUGCCUUGUAACAAGCCGGUGAGGUGUGGGAGGCACAAGUGCAUCACUCUGUGUCAUCCGGGAGCUUGUGAGAAGCCCAAGCAAGUUUGUGUCCAGCCUUGCACGGUUCCUAGAGAAAUUUGUGGCCACAAUUGCGCUGCUCCGUGUCAUGAUGGCAAGUGUCCUGAUACUCCUUGUAAAGAAAUGGUCAAGGUGACCUGCACUUGUGGGAAUAGAUCUAUGACUAGGGCUUGUGCGGAAAAUUCAAGGGAGUAUCAGAGAAUUGCAAGUGGGAUUCUUGCUAGUAAAAUGAUUGACAUGCAGCUGGGACACUCGGUUGACUUGGAGGAAGUUUUUGGUCAGGGCGCGAGGAAGCAGAAUCAACUGAGGACUCUUGAGUGUAAUGAGGAAUGCAGGACUAUUGAGAGGAACAGGAAACUUGCUCUUGGGUUACAGAUUGUUAAUCCUGAUCUCAGUGGGAAGCUCAUGCCACGCUACAGUGAUUAUAUGAAGCAAUGCGCUAAAAAAGAUCCGCCUCUUUGUAAGAUGAUUCAUGAUAAGUUGACGGAGUUGGUACAGCUUGCUAAGACUUCGAAACAAAAAUCGAGGAGCUAUUCUUUUGAUAGUAUGAAUAGGUGUAAGAGACAGUUUGUUCAUGAGUAUUGUGAACAUUUUGGGUGUGAGAGUCAGGCUUAUGAUGAGGAACCUAAAAGGAAUGUUGUAGCUACUGCGGUUAAAGAUAAGUGCUGGUUACCAAGUUACAGCCUAUUAGAAAUCGUUCAGAGGGAAAAUGGUCAACGUAAAGUGCCAAGACCAUUGUUAAAUUCUGUUAAAACUGCUACACCAGGAAUAUCAGAAGUUCUACCAUCAACUGCCAGCAAAUCUCAAAAAUCACAAACUUCUUCCACUUGGAGUGCACCUAAAUCAACAGAAAUAGAAAUAGACUAUUUUGACUAUCCAAAUCCUAAAUGGAAGUAAAAUAAAUUCAAACCCAUGGAUCAAUAAAUAAAUAAAUAAAUAAAUGAACAAAUAGAUAAAAAAAAAUUAACAUUUCAAAAUUUUAUUCCAAAGAUAUUUAAAGUUUAUUUCAUCUCUACUCUGCAUACUUUUGAAACAUUUAUUUAACUCACCAACGUGUAACAUUCAGUUCGGAUUAUUACAAACAACAUGUUUUACAGACAAAUAUAUUUAUAUAAACAUUUAUUUUAUUAAUUACAUAAUACUUAAUUUUUUUAUUGUUAUUUAUAUAUUAUAAAUAAUAUUUAUUUAUCGGAUUUUCAAGUGUUCUUGGUAACAAUAUUAAUUAAAUAGUCGGCAAACGCUGGAUGGGUCAUAAGAAAUAAUUUAAUAAUUAAAUAAUUUUAUUCUAAAAUUUCACCAACACUACCGUCAUUUCCAGUAAAUUAUACAAUUUAAAUUUAUUUUAUUAUUAAUUUCUCAUGGUUUAUUGAUGUACACAAGGGUAUGAUAUAUAUAUUGAUUUA